UCUAUUCUAUAGGAAAAUCUGGAAUAGACAUUGAUAAAAGCCCCUGCAUGGAACAACUCUCGCCGCAGUCGCAUCAGAAUCAUUGUUAAGCGCGAAUCUUUCCUUUUCUUUGAUCAAACAGAAAAUUAUUUCCUAUUGUGUCGAAGAAAAUUCGUGUAUCAGUGUGAAGGAUAAUUCAACAUGGUCGCCGAUAGUGAGAAAAACAACGUCGAGCUACCUUUUAGGAUCGAAAACAAUAUAAUGAAGGGGCAAGUGGUACCAUUUAAAUCCCAAUACACGAGCGUUGGAAAGUUGCUGUUUCACUUUUUGAAGAAUAAUUUGAAUUUCGUUGGACAGGUAGAUGCACUCACUGAUAUUGAGGACACUUUCGAAGAGAUCCUAGAUCGGUCCAUAAAAUGUGCACUCUGGCUGCAGAAGCAAGGAGUGGGAAGCAACGAUAUUAUCGUGAUUUCAUCGCACAAUCAUCUCGAUUGCUUUAUUCCUUGCAUCGCUGCACUCUUUAUCGGUGCUAUAUUCAAUCCAUGGCACUCUGAUGUAAACACACAGUUGGCGCGUCAUUUCAUGUCAUUAUCUCAGCCGAAAGUGGUGUUUGCGAACGAGAAAUCAGCACCCGUCGUGUUGGAAGCAGCAAAAAUCGAGUGUCACCAGCUGAAAGUGGUGACGUUCGGCGAAUACCUUGGCACCAGCUCGUUCUCCGACGUUCUGAAAGGUCACAGCAAAUCGUCGGUAGCUAAUUUUCAAUGCACCGAAAUCGAUGAUCCCGAACAGACCGCGGUGAUAUUGUUCUCUUCCGGGACAACGGGUCUACCGAAAGGCGUGCAAUUGUCUCAUCGGGGGUUUUUGAAAUUCUUGGAAUUGGACAUUGAAUUUUCUCUUAAGAACCAUGUGUCCGUAUGGUUCAGUAGUUUAUAUUGGCUCAGUGGUACCUUGUUAAAUUUGAAGAGCAUCGUUUCCUGUUCGAAGAAAAUCAUCGUGGCAAACUCCGAUGAAGAAACCAUCUGUAAAAUUAUAGAGAAGUACAAGGUAUCAUGGAUGAUGCUGAGUACCAGUAUGGUGAAUCGUCUCGCUAGGUAUAAUAAUUUACAACAUUAUGAUCUCUCGAGCUUGCGGUUUCUCUUCACCGGUGGUUCUUCCAUGGGAAAAGAAGCCGAAGACUUAGCAAGAAAACGUUUCCCGCAAUCAUUGUUCCUACAAGCUUAUGGUAUGACGGAACUUGGUAAUUUAGUCGCUACACAAGUGGAAGGUUCUACUAGCGGUUCCUGCGGUUUACCUGCCACAAACUGUGAAAUUAAAAUUAUCGAUCCUGAAACUGGAAAAGUUCUGGGUCCUAAUCAGAAUGGUGAGAUCUGCGCGAAAACUAUGUCGAUGAUGACGGGUUAUUACAAGAACCCGGAAGCCACCAAAAACACCAUCGAUGAAGAUGGAUGGUUGCACAGUGGGGAUUUAGGAUAUUGCAACGAUAAAGGGGAAUUGUUCAUUAUAGAUAGAUUGAAGGAAUUGAUCAAAUUCCAAGGGUUUCAAAUAGCGCCAACUGAAAUUGAAGGUGUCUUGCAAUCGCAUCCUGCAGUUUUAGAAGUUGCGGUCGUUAGUAUCCCUCAUCCUCUCGACUGUGAACACCCAGUUGCUUUUGUCAGUAAAGUGCCAACCAAAGAGGUAACAGCUGCAGAAUUAAUGAAGCUGGUAGCUAAUAAUUUAAUGGAUUAUUGUCAAUUACGUGGUGGGGUGAAAUUUUUACCAUCUCUACCCCACACUCCUUCAGGAAAGAUCGCGAGGAAUGAAUUGAAGAAAAUGGCAAAAGCUAUGGCAGUUGGUAUCGAGAAACCGUUUAGAAUCGAAAACAACAUAAUGAAAGGGAGGGUAAUGCCGUAUAGACCGCCCUACAAAAGCCUUGGAAAAUUAUUGUUCGACCACAUGAAGAAGCAUCCGAAUUUCGUGGCACAGGUUGACGCGACCACAGGGAUCGAGGACACUUUGAAAGAGAUGCUGGAUCGCUCGAUAAGAUGUGCGCUCUGGUUGCAGAAACAAGGCGUGAAAAAGAAUGACAUCGUCGUAAUUUCGUCGCACAAUCAUCGUGAUGAUUUUAUUUGUUGCAUGGCUGCACUUUUCAUCGGUGCUUCCUACAAUUCAUGGUUCCAUAAAAUUAACUUACAGUUAACUCGUUAUUUCACGAAAUUGAUUAAGCCAAAAAUCGUGUUCGCGAAUGAAAGCUCGGUUCCUCUGGUGAUAGAAGCAGCCAAACUCGAGGGUCAUCAUCCAAAAAUAGUGACGUUCGGUGAAUAUCCCGGCACGACACCGUACUCUGAGAUCUUGAAUGGUCACAGCGAAUCCUCGGUAGCUAAUUUUCAAUGCACCGAAAUCGAUGAUCCUGAACAGACCGCGGCGAUCGUUUUCUCUUCCGGAACAACGGGUAUGCCGAAAGGUGUGCAAUUGCCUCAUCGAUCGAUUUUAGAACACGUGGAACUGGAAGAUGUCUUUCCUCUUCGUAAUCAGAUAGCCGUGUGGUUCAGCACCUUAUUUUGGCUCAGCGGAACGCUGAUGUGUUCGAAGAGCAUCGCUCAGCUAUCGAAAAGAGUCGUUACACCAACAUUUGAUGAGGAAACUGCCUGUAAGAUUAUAGAGAAGUACAAGGUUUCGUGGUUAGGGCUGACCGCUAGCAUGAUGAAUCGUUUUGCUAGAUAUAAUCGUUUGCAAGAUUUUGACCUCUCGAAUUUGAAACUUUUUUGCACCGGUGGUUCUUUCUUCGGGAAAGAUAGUGAAGAUCUGUUGAGGAAGCGUUUUCCACAUACGAUAGUGGUACAAACUUAUGGUAUGACGGAACUCGGCAUGAUAGUUACCGAGCAAACGGAAGAUUCUGAAAGCGGUUCUUGCGGCAAGGCAACCAAAAACUGCGAAAUAAAAAUUGUCGAUGUUGAAACUGGUAAAGUUUUGGGCCCGUUUCAGAACGGCGAGCUUUGUGUAAAAACUCCUUGGAUGAUGACGGGUUAUUACAAAAAUCCAGAAGCAACCAAAAAUAUCAUCGACGAAGACGGAUGGGUACACUCAGGUGACAUAGCGUAUUACAACGAGAAAGGAGACAUAUUUAUUGUUGACAGGAUAAAGGAUAUGAUCAAAUGCCAAGCACAUCAAGUAGUCCCAAGUCAAAUCGAAGAUGUCAUACAACGUCAUCCAGCAGUCUUAGAAGUUGCAGUCGUCAGUAUGCCUCAUCCUAUUGAUACUGAACAGCCAAUUGCUUUUGUCAGUAAAAUACCAAACAAAAAGGUGACAGAGGAAGAAUUGAUCAAGUUGGUAGCUGACAAUUUAGUGGAAUACUCUCAACUACGCGGUGGGGUGAAAUUUUUACCAGCUUUACCCCACACUUAUGCAGGAAAAAUUUCGAAGAAAGAAUUGAAAGAACUGGCGAAAUCGAUGGCUCCUUGUGUCCAGCCACGUUUUACGAUCGAAAAUAAUAUACUGAAAGGAAGAGUGGUGUCAUUUCAGUUUCAGUACACGCAUGUUGGACGGUUGCUGUUCGACUCCCUGAAAAAAAAUGUGAAUCUAGUGGGACAAGUUGACGCGAUCACAGGUAUCGAAGACACUUUUGGAGAUAUUCUAGAUAUGUCGAUAAAGUGUGCGCUUUGGAUGCAGAAACAAGGAAUUAAAAGUAACGAUGUCAUUGUUAUUUCAUCGCAAAGUAAUGGUGAAAUAUUCAUUCCGUGCAUCGCUGCGCUCUUCAUCGGUGCCAUUUUCAAUCCAUGGGACGACGAGAAAGAUACAAAGACGACUCGUUAUUUCAUCAAAUUCAUGCAGCCAAAAGCCAUCUUUGCGGGUGAGAAAUCAACACCUAUUGUGCUGGAAGCAGCUAAACUUGAGGGUCAUCCGACAAAGGUAGUGUCUUUUGGUGAUUAUCCUGGUACGACACGGUUCGCUGACAUCCUGAAAGGUCACAGUAAAUCUUCGGUGAUUAAUUUUCAAUGCACCGAUAUCGACGAUCCUCAGCAAAUUGCGAUAAUUAUGUUCUCUUCUGGAACAACGAGUCUUCCCAAGGGAAUACCAUUGACUCAUCAAACGUUACUGAAGUUGUUGGAAGUAGAAGAGGGGCCUAGUGUCGAUACAUGGAUGUGGUACAGUCCUCUAUUCUGGAUAAGCGGUCCGGUACUUAACAUGAGAAACAUCAUCUUCCAUAGGAAGAAAAUCGUCCCGCCACCCUUUGAAGAGGAAUCAGCCUGCAGGGUUAUAGAGAAAUAUAAGGUGGAAUUAGUGUUAUUGAUCACCACUAGAGUAAAUCGUCUUGUUCGAUACAAUCGCCUCCAUAAAUACGAUUUUCCGAGUUUGAAGGUCUUGUACAUUAUGGGCUCCCCCAUGGAUAAACUAGCUCAAGACUUGGUAAAGAAGUGUUUUCCUAAUACGGAUGUUAUACAACUUUAUAGUAUGUCGGAAAUGGGCUGCAUAAUGGCUGUACAAUCAUCCAAUUCUCCAAGCGGUUCGUCUGGUUUAAUAAAUUGCAACUGCGAGAUAAAAAUUAUUGAUCUGGAAACGGGGAAGACUUUGGGACCGAAUCAGAAGGGUGAAAUCUGUGGUAAAUCGAUGUGUAUGAUGUUGGGUUAUUACAAAAAUCCAGAAGCUACCAAAAUGCUCAUCGACGAAGAUGGAUGGUUACACACGGGGGAUUUUGGUUAUUACACCGAGGAAGGAGAGGUAUUCGUUGUCGAUAGACUGUCCGAUUCAAUUAAAUUUAGAGAUCAUUUAAUAAUUCCAAGUGAAAUCGAGGCUGUCUUGCUGACUCAUCCUUCAGUUUUGGAAGUAGCAGUCAUUGGUAUCUCUCAUCCUAUCGAUGGUGAUCAUCCACUUGGUUUUGUCAGUAAAAUACCAAACAAAGAGGUAUCGGCGGAAGAAUUAAUCGAUUUGGUAGCCAGUAAAUUACCGGAUCAUUGUCGCCUACGUGGUGGGGUGAUAUUUCUACCAUCUUUUCCAUAUACUCCUACAGGAAAGAUUCUUAAGAAGGAAUUAAAGAUGAUGUUGAAAGAUGUGACUACCCAUUAAACAGUCACAGAAUCUUUGAACUUAUAUUUAUAGAAGUUAUAGUUAAUGUAUAUAGAAUAUCAAAUGGUUAGGUGUAUUUGAUUCCUUAAUUACAUCGAAUAUCCCAAUUUCCUCCAAAAGUAUUAAAAUUGCACAUGAAAUUAGCAAUAAAUAUAUGGAUGAGUAAAAAGAAAUUGUAUUUAUUAACAGUUUAAAUGCCACAUCAAUCAGAGUCAUUUGAGUUCCCAUAAAAAUCCGUCACUCAUAUCAUUAGAAAUUGUUUGAUUUACUUAAUUAGAAAUACUUGUAUUUGAUACUUGAGAUUAUGGAUCCAAAAUAUUUAAUG